UGCAGGUAUGACCGUACAAGAUUCGUUGCAGCUUCUGAUCAAGCAAAGCAUGGAACAAAAGCUGACCCGUACGCAUGGGUACGCCUAUAAGCCCAGCGCGCGGUUCUGACAAAACUAAGGUAAUUCUUUUGAAGGAGCGCUCGAGCAUUGGAGGAGGACAUGGCGAUCAACGCAACGACGAUCGAGAAAGCCAUCCUGCUGCUGAAUCUCACCAUGUACGUCCUCGUGGCAGCGAUCGGGUGCAUCCUCAUCAACGACGCAAUCGACAGCGGCGACGAUAUCGCUGGUGGCAAUGUUGGAUACUACCACCACUACCCGACCUCGAGGGCUACGGCGAGCAUCUGCGUGAACCUCGUGGCGACAAUGGCUGGAGUAGUCGGCGUCGCGGCGGCGCUUCCGGGGCUCCGCCAUGUCCGGUCGUGGAGCCAGGGGAGCUUGCAGGCGGCAGGCUACCCCGGGUUCAUGGCCUGGCUGCUCACCCUGCUCGCACUGGGAUUAGCCAUUAGGGAGGUAUUCCUGGGAGCCGACGUGCUUGCUGUACCCAGGGCUCUACUCCUGGGAUGUCUCUCGGUGAUGCAGCUCAGUUACCUAAGCAGUAUAUUUUCUACAUGAUCAUCGAUGCCAGGAAUCCACAUACGGAGGUGCUGAGGUGCAUGAUGGAGUUUGGCACUACGGACGUACCCACGGCCGGCCGGUUCUUGGCUAAAGGUCGACCGAUCACCGGGCAGAUUGCAUAUGCAAAUGUACAUAUUACAUCGGUUAAUUUGUACUUUUUUGCGGGUUAAUUUGUACUUCCUCUAUUCAAUAAUUUAGAACGUUUUAGCAAGCUAAAUUAGUUUGCUAAAACAUCUUAUAUUAUUAAACUGAUGGACUAUCUAGUUAUUUGUGGUUGUUCAUUUCGAGACAAAGAUCACAUGGCAUAGAUGCGGUAUAUGCAUGUAAAUUUCGUAUAUGUCAUAUAUAUGGGCCUUGUUGUU